AUGGCCAGAGCUGGUGACGACGCGAUAUCCAUCUCGUCGGAGGAGCCUCAGGAUGAGCGGCGUGCCAUCCUAGAACCUGCGAUCCGUUCCGUUGUAGAUGCACUGGGAGGCUAUGAGGGUGGAGUGUACAGACUGGGCGAUGAAUGUUAUGGGUGUCUCAAAGACCUAAAGAAAUUCUGGCGCAAAGAUGAUACCGACGACGACCGGACAGUGGCCCGUAUCUUCUGGGAGACACGCUUGCUGCCCAACGACCUCGUUCCGAUAUUGCUCGAGACGGCUGGUAGGGGUCACCUCGAGGACAAAUGUGCAAUCGCAUGUGCCGACUUAAUGACAGCUAUGACGUGGCCUAUUGACAUGGCAGAAGAGUUGAAGGAACUAGAUGAUGAAUUCGAUAAAGGCGCGGACUACACUCAGCUGACACUCAGCCACUUGAAUUACAAGGCUGCUCUUCUUCGGCCGGGUGUCAUGCAGGCUCUACUUGGUAUUUCUCUUCCUUGCAUUGCGAAAGCAGCGAAGGAGCGGAAAGAGCGAGAUACGCAGAUUAUCAAUGUCAUCCUGUAUCUCAUCCGCAACCUCGCAUUCAUCAAAGAUCUCCCACAGAACAUGCAUACCAGUGCCGACCAAGCUGAAUAUUCCUCGAUGCAGACUCGUUUGAUAAAAGCACUAUUUGACUCUAACAUUCUCGAUCUGCUUUUGACUAUUGCUUCAAAUGCGACUGCAGAUGCGAUGUUCAACAGCUGGAAUUCUCUUGUGCUCGAAAUAUUCUAUCUGCUGUUUCGAGGAGUCAAACCGACAUCCCUUGCUAUGGACCAGUCACAGGAACCAACACAAAAUCUGAAACGACUUUUAGCUGUUGAGGACCAUAGGAAGCGCAAUUUCUCCAGAAAUGCGACUUCGCGUCAUUCCCGCUUCGGUACUACAAUAUCCGUCAAGCUCAACCCAAAGAAAGCCCAGGCCGCUGCGAAUGCGGGAAACGAAGGUGGAGGCAAUACUCAGACUGAUCCACAAUCAUCAUCCCAGGCAUUCAUUCUACACCGCCAACAAGCCCUCACCGCUGAAUCUGGAAGUAUGCUGGACUUGGUCAAACGGCAGCGAGCCCAGAAAAGCAAGAAACUCGACGAGCUCGGUCAUGAUGAUAACCUCUCUCUCGAUGCGAAGCUUGCACUUCAGAACCUUGCCAGGACAUUCAUCGAGUCAUGCUUUAAUCCAUUCCUAUCGUCCCUACUGAAAGAUAUCAAAGCUGAAAGACCGAAGAUCACAGAGAAAGAUCACCUCCGGCUUCUCUAUGUAACGAAAUGGUUUCUGGAGUUCUUCUUGUGUGUCAAAGCAAAAGAAGGCCCAGGUGGCCCUUGGGACUACGGUCUCAUCGCAGAGGUGACUGAGCGCGGAUGGAUUGUCUGGGUUCUGAAGCGAAUGCGAGAGGCACCCAAAUUAUGGAAUGAACUUCAAGCUGGCAUCGAGUGUCUCACCCAGCUAGUGAUGAUUAUUGACGGUAUGGCCUCGUCAUCCAAUCCAGAUAUCGCCGACGUCGCAGAGGUCCUACAGCAACAAAUUAUCUACAACGGCGAAGUUUUAGACAUUGCGUUCGAAAGCCUUCGGAUGUACAAGGAGCGGACUCAAAGCAUAGCCUAUCUGGACUCUAGUGUCCAUUUGGCUUACGCGUUGUUCAGGAUGCUUGAGAAGUGGGGCAAGAAUCGUGGUGCCGGAGGCGAGAUGUAUGUCAGGCGUAAAGCAAAGUCAAGAAGAAAGAAAAGGGGUAAAGAUGAUGAACAUGGCGUUCCUGAUGUAGAAGAGGAAGAGCAAAAAGGGGACGAUGAUGAUGUUGUCCACGAAACCAUGUUUACUUUCGAUAUGUUCCAAAUGAGAUUUGCCCACACAGAAAUCACUCAAGCAUUGCUCGUCUAUGUCGCUCGAUAUAAAGAAUUUACGUCCGCAGAGCAAAUGAAGCGUGUCGUGGGCCUACUUCAUAGGCAGGCUGUCAAAGCUAAAGCGGAAGGCCUGUUUUUCAACGUCUCGACCCUAGACUUGUUCAAGAAUAUUCUGUCUGACGAGAAAUCCUUCCCAAAGGAUCGAGCAUACACUGAUCUCGUUGCAUUGAUCAAAUUCAUCCUUCGCCAGUUCUUCAAGGCAGUGGAGGAAGAUUCGUUCUUGGCCGUUGAGGCUUUCUUCCCCAAGAACCGUGGCAACUGGAAGCAUUUCUCCAGCUGGGCACCAGAAGAGAAGACAUCCAAAGAUGGUCGAAUGGCGGAUGAUACCAGGUUCCCUCCAGACGUGCAAGUGAAGAAGGGCUAUUCGUGGAGCGAACAGCUCGGAAUUGCUAUGGCCUGUCUGAUGGACGAGGGGAAAAAGAUUCUUGUAGAUUGGACUAAACAGAUCUUGGCGUUUGCAAUUUCUCAGAGGCAGCGGAUCAUCGAGGACACCGACGGCUCGACAUCACAGGUUAAUGCUAUGAGUGAUGAGGAUGCAGAUGACGGUGCCGAGAUAGUCGUCGCAUCCAGAGGGCCAUCUAGCGAAGCGCUUGCCAAAAUUAAUGAUUACUUAAUCCCAUACGUGAGCGAUGAAGAAGCAAAUGCUGCAACCAAGGAUCCGCAUCUCAAGCUCCUCUUCCGUCUAGUCAAGUUUUAUGUUUUAGAUGAAUCGGCUGAUGAACUUGAAUGGUACAUUCCCGCGGCGAUCCUUCCGUCGGACCUACAGAGUAGCUUGAACGUCAUCAAUCAAUUCUUGGAGACGCCUCUGGAUCUGCAAGACAAGAAGGCGUCUUCUUUGUUGAGCAAGAAGAGACGCCGUCGAAGACGUCGGCGGUUACAUGCUCCAAAUCCCGCGGGAGCAGAGUCCUCCGAGGACGAAGCACCGCGGAAGAAAAAGCAGAAAAAGAAAAAAGAGAAGCAACAGUACAAAUCCGCGCAGUUUAUCGAAGACAGCGAUGUGGAAUACGGAGAUAUGGAGGCGUUCUUGGAAAAGGAAAAAGCGCUGCGAGUAAAAACCGCUUUAGCAGCUGCGACGACCGGCCAAAGCGGGACGAUGAAAGCCACCGGAACCAAGAAGCGUCGCAAAAAGGCUACGGACGACGGCAAGGCGAAGAAGAGACGAAAGAGAGGCAAGGCGGAGGCAGUAGCGGAGGAGAAAGAGGAGAGUGACGACAACCAGUCGGAUGAAAGCGACCUUAAUCUCUUCGAUUCUCCGAGGCAAUCACCCGCCCCUGCAGAGAAUUCUUCGGACGCGCCGGGGGAGACUCAGUCGAAGGCGCGGCCACGGCCACGACCCAAAUUUCGCGGUAAGAUAACGUCACCGAGCGCGUCCAUGGACGGCGAGGGGUCGCGAGACGAGCCCGAGCAGUCUCGAGAUAGUAUUCCCCCUCACGAUGAGCCACAUGUUGAAUCGUCUGAACUAUCCGCUCAAGAACCUGGUGAUGAAUCUGAUGCGUCGCUGUCAGUUGUUGCUCGCAAGGGAAAGAAGAAAAGUCGGCUACAGCUCAGUUUCUCAGACGAAGAGGACUGA